CCCGCGCUUCACACGCGCGCGCGCGCGUGCGCGCCGCUCGCUCGCAGCCUCCCCGGCGCUCACAGGCGCGCUGGCACGCGCACUCCCGCCGGGUCCGAGAGCCGCGCCACCGCGCCCCGGUCCGUCCGAGCCCAGACGCACCAUGUCUUCGCCUCCCAAAGAGAAAGUGGAGACGAGAGCUGGACACCUGCCGGCCGUGAAAGCUGGUGGAAUGCGAAUUGUGCAGAAACACCCACAUACUGGAGACACCAAAGAAGAGAAAGACAAGGAUGACCAAGAGUGGGAAAGCCCCAGCCCCCCCAAACCCACCGUGUUCAUCUCCGGGGUCAUCGCACGGGGUGACAAGGACUUCCCCCCGGCAGCCGCGCAGGUGGCUCACCAGAAGCCCCACGCCUCCAUGGACAAGCAUCCUUCCCCAAGGACCCAGCACAUCCAGCAGCCUCGCAAGUGAGCGGCGCCCAGACCCCGGCCCCGUCACCAGCAGCAGCGCCCCGGCUGUCCUGCGUUGCUGUUCCCCCGACAGAGAGAACUGGCACUUUCUUCCAAACACUGUCCGCUGGGAAAUCUAAGACAAAGCAAAGUGCUCCUUCCUUUGCCUUAGAUUUCCAUACUUGAGACUAGGAAUGGCUCACACCCCAAACUUUCUUCACAGGGAUCUCUGGUUGGAUGUCAUUUGAGGAUCAUUUUGUCCCCCUAGAAGUGCCAUUAGUAGAAUUUCCCAAGAUAUGAGUAAAAUGAAGUCAUUUGAACUUUAGCUUUAGUUCUGUUCCAGCAGUUGCCUGAAGUCCCUAUCUGUGGUCUUAAAAACAAGAGGGUGCAAAUUUGGGAGGAUUAGAUUAAGAUUAGGGGAAAGCUCAAUCAUUACAUGCCUUUUAGUAAUAGGACGAUGAAGUCUUCACACCUACGGGAGAGUAAGAAAUAAGGGAGUCAACUAAGAUGCGGGUUUCAGGGAGGCAGAACGGGAAAGCCCUAGAAACAGGCAGCAGCGGGGUUGAACGUCCCUCCCACUGUGCACCGAGGGAUCGCUGUACGGGGUGACCAAGCGCUCACAGGAAAAACAAAACAAAACAGGUAUUUUUUGAAAUGGCUCUUUUAUUCCAGGAGUCAAUGUGCCAGAAAAUGAGGAUGCAGGCGCUUUGCUCAGAGGCCGUUCCUCUGCAGUGAGAUCUCAGCAUGGCAAGAACGGCAUGGCCUCAAGCCAGACAGGCUCCUCUGGGGAAAUUGAGGCAAGCCUAGUGAUUACCUGUUUUUUGGUAAUCACCUCUAGAGCUGCUUUUGAGUUCUGGAAGUGACCAGAGUGGAGGAAUAGACUCAGCUAAUUCAGGAACACCUGAGCAAGAGAGUUGAAAGCAAGGAAGGACCAGAUAAAAAAAAAAAACCUAGGGACGCAAACACCACAUUCCAUUUGAGCUGGAAAAGCCUGUUGACCAGUGUAACUGUCCAGGAGCCCUGGACGUGUCUGCCUGGGCCCAUCCUCACUCGGGCGCAUCAGACUGUCCUCUGAUUGCUGAGGGUCUCCUGCCCGGAGCUGUCCUAGACUGACUGCUCCGGGGCUCACGGCUAGAGGGUGCCCGGCUUUUCCGAAAAGCCAAAGGGCUCGUUCAGCCAGGUGUGCAAGUCUCCCAGCCCCACUGUCCCGCCCGCCCGCAGUGGGCUGGCUGCAGGUCGGCGUGUGCCGUGAGCAGCGUCCGUGGCGCCAGCCUUGCGGAUGCCACUCUGCAGCCCGCGUCGGCCAGCUGGUAGAGCAGCAGCAGACGCGGCCAGACCCAGAGGGAGAGGCACGGCUCGGCCUCACGUUUAAAGGCAGUGUCUGGUUUCCCAUCCAUGUGACCUGCAGGACACCAGUGUGUAACCCUCAAGGCACGGUGUGGUCACAUCUUGAAUUUCUUAGUCGCUUCAGUUGGUAUAAACUGAAGGCGGCUUGUGGAGACCCAGGAAGCCCGGCAGCCCUGCCAUGAAACACUGAGCAAGCAGCCUCCACCCGUGUACCUGCUGCAGCCGGCGCCUGGGAGGGGCCCGGAGCGCCAGGCCGGGCGUGAGACCGUCGCGCCCUCUGCCCCAGACACUCAGAGGCGUCCUUAGUGCUUUCCAGUCUGCAGCUGGAGGGGCCGUUAUUCCCAGAGGUGCAGUUUUCAUGUGCUUGUGCCUAGGCCUGGCAUGCGUCUGUGGGCUCUACAUCAUUGAAUAUGAAAUGCUUUCCUAAAUGAGUUUAUUAAUUGUUAACGUCAAGAAUAAUAAUGAUUAUAAUAAAGCUUCUGCAUUUCUUCUCA